UUUGACAAGUAGGAAGAAGGGCCUUGGCUGUCGUAUCUCUCCGUGUGAGACAACACAACCAGACGCUUCAGUUCUCCUUCGUCUUAAAGAAUUUACAGCUGCUUUGUGAAGGAAUUACAUUUUCAGAUUAGAGGAAGAACAAAAGGAAUAUACCAUGGAGGUGCUGGUGCUGAUAGACUUCGUGGGCACCAUGGGAGACGAGAUCACAAUGAGGGCAGGGGAUGUGGUCAAGAACGUCAAGGCCAGCGAGGAGGGAUGGCUGGAGGGGGAGCUGCGAGGAAAGAGGGGCAUCUUCCCUGCUAACUUUGUCAAGGAGGUGCCAAUCUAUCUGAUAGGUGACAGCAAGAGGGAACCACGAAGCCUUAGAACAAAGAAGAUAAAACAGACGAGGAAAUGCGAGGCAGUGUUUUCCUACAGCGCCGUCAAUGAAGAUGAGCUGGAGCUGGUUGUUGGCGAGACCAUUGAGAUCAUAAAAGAGAUUGAAGAUGGAUGGUGGAUGGGGCUAAAAAAUGGCAAAGUGGGAGCAUUUCCUUCAAAUUUUGUCAAAGAAAUAUUUGUUUUGCCUAAAGAAUCCAAGCACAUUGAUGGGAAGUCAAGACCCAAACUCACAGAUGCAGUGUUCACUAAGGAGAUAACUCAAAAAGCAAGUAUGAGGAAGAAAGGGAAAAAAGUGGUUGAGUGCUGCCAAGCCAUGUUUGACUACAAGGCCGUAGCAGAGGAUGAGUUGGAUCUGAAAAAGGGAGACAUUGUCGUGCUGCUGAGGAAGGAAACAGAAGAUGAAGGCUGGUGGGAGGGAGAGAUAAACGGACGCCAUGGCCUCUUCCCUGAUAACUUCGUCAUGGUGAUUCCGCCAAUGGACAGUCUGAAACCCGGGACCACAAGCCAACCGCCUGCACGCAACAUCAGCAAGAAACUCACAGGGAAGGCAUCAGCGAUGGAGAAAGUUGGUCCAGCGAAGACAAACGAUGAUAAACCAGAGACCAAGGACCUGAGAAGCAAUCCUCCGACCAAAGUCAAGUUGCCAUCGCUCAACAAGCCCAGUCCACCUCCGGUCAAAGACAAACCCGCCAAGGUUUCACCCAAUAGAACAAAUGGACAUGUGGCUCCUCCUUCACCAAAACCAGCAGAGGAGAAAGAAACCAACCAGUUUGAAGGACUGGAUGUGGAGACGGAUAAGCUGAGCCACCCAACGGCAAACAGAGCCAAGCCCCCUCAGAGGAGACCACCGACGGGCCAGGUCACCCCCACAAAAACUCAGGGUGCCACUGACCAGACAGAUUCAGAACUGCUGCCAAAUAAGUUCCAACCAGAGAAAUUACCCAGCUUGCAAAAGGGUACGGAAAUUCUCCUGCCAUCUCCUGCAAAGCUUGAACCUCGACCCAAGACACCGACUCCUGCUCGACCAGCACCACCCAAAGUACUCGUUGACAGAAAAUCUGUGACCCCGAAAGAAAAGCCAACGGUGGAAAGCCUGGAUGCCGAGGUCAGAGAGCUGAGAGUGGCUCUGGAGCUGCUGCAGACGCGACACGAGCAAGACAUGCAGGAUGUGAAAGAAGAACUGCGGAAGGAGAGAAGCAAACAACUGACGCUGCAGGAGGAAGUCAACAGUUUGAAGAUGAAGCAUUAACUGCAAACACUGUGACUGGGCAGGCUGUCUGACACUGUUUCAUACAGGAACUCAAACUGAUAAUUAAAACAAGUUGAGCAGUUUGUCUGACGUGGAACUGAGAGAAAGAAGACGAGCAAGCUCUUCCUGUAAACCAGGGCUACAUUAGAAAGUAUAUUUGGACAAAGGAGGAAGAUCCUGGACUGGACCGGACAAGCUUGAUCCUCCAAAAGACUUUAAAAUUAUAUACAGAACUGUUCAAGUUAUUUGAAUGUUGAAAAUGAGAAACAUUGGUGUAAAGCGGGUUAUGCUUGGUUGCAAAUUAAUGUUUUAUAUUGUUAUAUUACAACUGUCACCUCUAUCACAUUCCUAGGUUUUACUGUACUUUUCACAUUUUUCAUGAUACCCCAGCAGAAUGUGUAAUAUAUGAGGCUGUAAAUAGGAGAAAAUAUUGUUUUGUUUUUUGCAAAGAACUAAAAAGUAAUUUUGAGUUCAGGAGCUUUGUCAUCUGAAUGUUUAUAACUGAAUUACCAAGGUAAUAAAACACGGAGGUGAAUUUCCACAUAAGAAUGUAAUGCUGCAUAAAUCCACUGAGGGGCACUAUAUGUCAAUUCUUCUACAUAAA